AUGACGUCUAUCUUAUUCCGACGUGUUCAACCAAAUAUUAUCGGUACAUUGUUACGUAAAAAUGUCGAACAAAUUAGAAGUCUUUCAUCAAUACCCAAUACUGCUGAAAAGAUCAGCGAAUCGCAUAAAUAUCAUGUUACGGUAGUACCAGGUGAUGGUGUCGGACCUGAAUUGAUGUUAUGUGUUCGAGAAGUAUUUAAUGCUGUUGGCGCGCCGAUUGAAUUCGAUGAAUUAUUAGCAAGUGAGUUAAUGCCUGGUCGAUCUUCGUCGCUUGCUGAUAUAGUUGCUUCAUUUAAACGGAAUCGCGUUGGAAUGAAAGGUAUUUUAACAACACCAGCCAUUAGUGAAGGUGGCGAUCUAAUGUCAUUGAACAUGAAGAUUAGACGUGCAUUGGAUCUUUAUGCGAAUGUUGUUCGAAUCAAAACUGUACCUGGUCUGAAACUUCGCCAUCAGAACAUUGAUUUUAUUGUCAUUCGUGAACAAACAGAAGGAGAAUAUAGCGCUCUUGAACACGAGUCGGUUCAUGGUGUUGUCGAAUCACUGAAGAUUACAACUUAUGAAAAUUCAAGACGUAUCGCAAAAUUUGCAUUUGAUUUUGCCACAAAGUUCAAUAGAAAAAAGAUCACCGCUGUUCAUAAAGCAAAUAUUAUGAAACUUGGUGAUGGUCUUUUUCUUGAAUCAUGUCGAGAAGUUGCUACACUGUAUCCAAAUAUCAAAUUAGAAACAAUGAUCGUUGACAACACUUGCAUGCAGUUGGUUUCUAAACCACAACAAUUUGAUGUACUUGUUGCACCUAAUCUCUACGGAAAUAUUGUGUCCAAUUUAGCAGCUGGCUUAGUCGGAGGUGCAGGAAUGGUUCCUGGUGAAUCUUACUCAACAGACGUGGCGAUCUUUGAACCGGGUGCCCGACAUCCGUUCUUGACCGGGGCUGGUAGAAAUAUUGCCAAUCCAACCGCUAUGCUUCUGUGCGGAGUGAACUUACUCCAAUAUCUUCACUUAGACGGUAUGGCUCAGAAAAUCGAGAACGCAAUUGCUACUGUUAUUAAGCAACAAAAAAUAAAGACACGUGACAUCGGUGGUUAUGCAACGCAACAAGAUUUUCUCCGUAGUGUUCUUCAACAACUUGAAUAUUAG